AUGGCCACUCAGCUCGCUUCACUGCCCGAGGUCGAGCGCCUCAGUCCGGUCUGCAUUCGUAUCUUGGGCGGCAACCCGGGUAAAUUCACACUACAAGGUACAAACACAUAUCUGCUUGGCCGGGGCAAUCGUCGCAUAUUGAUUGAUACCGGCGAGGGCAUGCCGUCCUGGAUAACAGCUCUCAAAUCCACCCUGGAAAAGGAGCAGGCCACCAUUGAGACUGUUCUGAUCACACAUUGGCACCGAGACCAUCAGGGUGGCAUUCGACAUCUGCUGGACCUUUACCCGGAUUCUAAAAUAUUCAAGAACCAGCCCGACGAGAGCCAAUUGGACAUCGAGGAUGGUCAAAAGUUCGUCGUCGACGGAGUCAGCCUCACGGCUGUCUUCACUCCGGGACACACGGUGGACCAUAUGGUCUUUGUAUUGGAGGAGGAGGACGCCAUGUUUACAGCAGACAAUGUGCUGGGCCAAGGAACAGCGGUGUUCGAAGACCUAGCGACAUACCUCAACAGCCUGGAGAAAAUGCGGCAUCUGUUCAAGGGCAGAGCGUACCCAGGUCACGGGCCGGUAAUUGAUAGUGGCCCAGCUAAGAUUUCCGAGUAUAUCAACCACAGAAAAACAAGAGAGGAGCAGGUUAUCCGUACGCUACGGACUCAAAGAGAUGUUGAUGCCGCAGAGGGCCGGCCAGACGCAUGGACACCCAUGGAGCUGGUUAAGAUUAUAUAUCACGACGUCCCAGAGGAAUUGCAUGUUCCAGCAUGUAGCGGAGUUAUACAAAUUCUCAACAAGCUUGAGAAGGAAGAAAGAGUCUCACAAAGCGAUGAAAGAUGGAUAUGGAAGGAUAGAUCAUCUCUGUAG